CCGCUGUCGCUCUAGGAAGGCCACACCCUUUAAAAAGUUGUUUGACACCCUUGCUUACCUAAACAGCGUUACCGAACGUUGUGUAACGGUUGAUUGGUGGUUAGUUACAGUUUGAUUUGUUUCUGCUGCGAAAUUCAUAUACAUCUAUUCGGAGAUGGCAUCUAGCUACAGAAAACCGAGUGCAAGUGCAAUUCAGCGGAAGAAAGCAGCUGCCAAACAGGAAUUGACAGAGGAACAGAAGCAGGAGAUCCGAGAGGCAUUCGAUCUGUUUGACACUGACGGUUCUGGCACUAUUGAUGUUAAAGAGCUAAAAGUUGCUAUGCGUGCUCUUGGUUUUGAGCCAAAGAAGGAGGAAAUCAAGAAGAUGAUUGCUGAUAUUGAUAAAGAAGGCUCCGGCACCAUCGACUUCAAUGACUUUCUGUCCAUGAUGACACAAAAAAUGAGUGAAAAGGAUUCAAAGGAAGAAAUCCUGAAAGCAUUCCGUUUGUUUGAUGAUGAUGGAACUGGCAAGAUUUCCUUCAAAAAUCUCAAGCGAGUUGCAAAGGAGCUUGGUGAAAAUCUGACAGAUGAGGAACUGCAGGAAAUGAUCGACGAGGCAGACAGAGACGGAGAUGGAGAAAUCAAUGAACAGGAGUUCUUGCGGAUAAUGAAGAAGACUAAUCUGUAUUAAACUGUUUUCUGAACUAC